AUGUAAUAAGUACAUGGUAAUGAUGAAACAUCAUCUAUAGAUGAGAACAUCUCUAAAUAUUAUUAAAUAAUAGAGUUUAAAGGAAAAGGAGCUUAUGGGAUAAUUUGGAAGGCAAUAGACAAAUAAACAAAGAAGAUUGUUGCUUUGAAAAAGGUUUUGUAAUAGGUAUUAUAAAGGUUUUUGAUGCAUUUUCUAAUGAUACAGAUGCAUAGAGAACAUAUAGGGAAGUAAUGUAUCUCUAAUAAUUAACGUAACAUGAGAAUAUUGUGAAAUUGUUACGUAUACAUAGAGCUUUGAAUAUGAAAGAUUUAUAUAUGACCUUUGAAUAUGUGGAAUCAGAUCUUCAUAAAGUAUUAAAUAUUCAAUAUAAGGUUAUACGGGCAAAUCUUCUUUCAGUAUAACAUAUUAUUUACAUACUUUAUUAAUUGCUGAAAUGCUUAAAGUAUAUUCAUUCUGGAGGAUUGAUUCAUAGGGACUUAAAGCCUUCAAAUAUAUUGAUAGAUUCAGAUUGCAAAAUAAAAUUAGCUGAUUUUGGAUUAGCAAGGUUAGCAAAUGAAAUUGAUGGUUAUAAUGUGAUGACCGAAUAUGUUGCAACAAGAUGGUAUAGAGCCCCUGAAAUUCUAUUAGGAUCUCUAUCCUAUUCAAAAUCUGUUGAUAUGUGGAGUGUUGGAUGUAUAUUAGGGGAAAUGAUAAUAUGUAAAUCUAUAUUUGCUGGUUAAUCAACACUAAAUUAAUUAGAAAAAAUUAUAGAAGUUCUUGGUAGGCCUUCAUAAGAUGAUCUAAAUUAAAUAAAUGCACCAUUUGCUGAUAAAUUAUUUAGAGAAAUUUAAAAUACAAAAAAAAGAAAUUUAUCAUCAUAUAUCAAAACUUAAGAUCAUAUUAUAGAUUUUAUUUAAAAUUGUUUAACUUGGAAUCCUUAAAAAAGAAUGACAGUUGAUGAAGCUAUCUCUCAUCCUUUACUAAAUGAAUUUAGAGGAUCAGAACCUGAAUUAAUAUAUCCUAGUUAAAUUAAAAUAGAUUUACCAGAAAAUGUUAAAUUUGAUAGAAAAAAAUAUAGAGAAAUUCUUUAUAAAUUAGAUGUUAAUUAUUAAAAAUAGCUAUAUAUUCGAUAAUUAAUUUAGGAAGAACAAAUUCCUUUAGUUAUAAAAAGUAAUACAAGAAUACCUCAUUAAAAUCAAACUUAAAUUAAAAAUACAAAUAAUGGAAUUGAUAUAAUAUAAGUAAGAAAAUCAAGAUCUUCAAUUAAAUAACCAAUUUAAUAUUGUUCGCAAGUAGAUCUUUAAAAUCAUAUUUUAAUAAGUUAAUCUUUGUAAUAAUAGAAUUUACUUCCUAUUAAACAUAAACAAACAUAAAAUAGGAUUAAAACUCUUCCUGAAAAUGAUGUUGAAAAAAUUUAAACCACUGAACCAAAAAGUCCAAUUAGAGGCAGAUAUUUUUCAUAAAAUAAGAUAACUCAUUAAUCAUAAAUGAUUACUUAAACUACUCCUAUUAAAAGCAAAUCAAUUAAAAAUAGAAAGUACAAUGAUUCUGUAGAUUUGAACUCUUAUAUUAACAAUAGCUCAAGUAUUUAAAAAUUGUUGACUUCUUAUUUAAAUCCAAAAAGGCCUUUAAAUUAUAAUUUUAAAAAAAUAGGUAUUAGAAAUAAAACAAACAUGGAUAAAACUUUUAUUAAAAGGCAUAUUGCAUCAAUACAUAAUAUAGAUGCUGCUAGUGUGAUCUCCCUCUUAAAAUGA